CCAUUUAUCUCAAAUAAAUAGAUGAGGUUUUGAAGCCUACAGCAUUCCGGUGAAAGACAGAAGUAUUCACCACAAAAUGAGGUGUUUCGUGGCGUUAGCCGUCCUGGCGUUGGCGGCUACGGCUUUGGCUAACAUCAAUGUGCCGAUCAAGAACCACUGGAACGGUGGGUUCCAGGGAGAGGCCUGUUUUAUCGUCAACGUCACGGUCCACACAUGGGCCAUCCACUUGAUGUUUGACAGGGAAAUCCAAAGCCUUGAUGCAUACGUUGCUGACGUCUCCCGCAAACUGAACGGAGGUAAAGAGUAUGUCCUCACCAGCAAAAGUUUCAACCAGGACCAACACCACGGAGACAGAUUAUGUGUCCAGUUCACCGGACAUGCACACGGAGACGUGGUCCCCAAGGUCACCGCCAAGAUGGACAAACAGCCCCAAGGGGGAUCCGGACCCAGUGUGACAGCGUCACCCACUAGAGCUCCAGUAACUGCCCGGCCUGGACACACCCUGCCCCCAACCUCUGCCCCGGCGACAGUGGCUCUCCCAACUGGUCAUGGCAUCAGAGCUCAGCUUCAAGUGGGCACGUCCUGGGACUCCAGAUUUGAGGGUCAGUUCGACUUUAAAGUUACUCAAGACAUCAUCGGCUGGGUGGUCAAGAUCAACUUCAACAAAGAAGUUGACGCAAUGGAUGUAAGUUCUGAUUUUGUUGCUCAUGGGAGUUUAGCAUCACACUGUAAGCCGUUCGUUGAGAUUGUGGGGAAAAAACCAGUUGGACGUCAGUUAACUUUAAAUGAAAUGAGGAUUUUUUUCCACUGA